AUGGCUGGACCAGGCGAGUGGUCGGAGCUGUCGAGCAAGCAGCGCGGCGAUCUGCUCUACCGACUGGCCGAGCUCAUCGACCAGGAGAAGGAGGCCCUGGCCCUUUUGGAGUCCCUUGACGUGGGCAAGCCGUUCUUUGAGUCGUUCAACUUUGACCUCAAGCAGGUGGUCGACACCUACCGCUACUUUGCCGGCUGGGCGGACAAGAUUCACGGCAAGUCGAUCGACAUCCCCGGCAACAAUGUCUGCUACACCCGCCACGAGCCCCUCGGCGUGGUCGGCCUCAUCGUGCCGUGGAACUUCCCGCUGCAGAUCACCGCCUGGAAGCUGGCCCCUGCCCUUGCCGCGGGCAACACUGUGAUCUUGAAGCCGGCGGAGCAGACUUCCAUCACCGCCCUGAAGCUCGCUGAGCUCGUCAAGAAGGCUGGCUUCCCUGCUGGUGUGGUCAAUGUCAUCACCGGAUUCGGACCCAAGGCCGGCGCCGCCAUUGCCGCGCACAUGGACAUCGAUAAGGCACGCAUGCACGCAUCAGUUGCACCACCACGACUCAAGCCGGCAACAGCUGCCCUAGUGAGCUUUACGGGCUCGACCUUCACGGGAAGGAAGGUGAUGGAGCUCUCGGCGGCGUCCAACCUCAAGCCCGUGGGUCUCGAGCUCGGCGGCAAGAGCCCCAUCAUUGUGUUUGAUGACGUCAUCAACAUGGAGAAGGCCAUCACCGACUCCUACUACGCUCUGUUUUGGAAUGCUGGUCAGUGCUGCAGUGCCGGCUCGCGUAUAUUCGUGCACGAGAAGAUCUACGACGAGUUUGUGGAGAAGAGCGUUGCCAUGGCCAAGGCUCGCAUCGAGCAGACCGGAAACCCGCUGCUGGACACGACCAUGCAUGGUCCGCAGGUGUCCAAGCUGCAGUUUGACAAGGUGAUGGGCUAUAUCGAGACCGGCAAGAAGGAGGGUGCUCGCCUGCUGUGCGGCGGUGCUCGAGUCGGCGACAAGGGAUACUUCAUCCAGCCUACCGUGUUCGCCGAUGUGGAGGACAACAUGACCAUCUGCCGCGAGGAAAUCUUUGGUCCUGUGAUGGCGAUCAUCAAGUUCAAGGAUGUCCAUGAGGUGGUGAGGCGCGCCAACGACUCGAUCUACGGUCUGGUGGCGGCCGUCUACACGCGCGACGUGGAGAAGGCGAUGUUCCUCUCGAAGAAGCUCAAGGCCGGCACCGUGUGGGUCAACACCUACAACGUCAUCACCCCGCAGACCCCCUGGGGCGGCUUCAAGCAGAGCGGCCACGGGAGGGACAUGUCGGAGUACGCUCUCGCGCAGUACACCGCGCCCAAGUGCGUGAUCAUCGAGUACCAGACCCCCAAGAUGUAA